CCGUUUUCUUCAUUUAUAUACUCUUUCACAAUAAGAAAUAAUGAUUCCCCUGUUCCUUCUUUAAAAGAUCCCAAUAUUCCUUUUUUCAUCUCUCCGUCUCUCUAAAUUCUUCUACAAAAUCUAAUCCCUGCUUCCUCAAAUCUGUAAAAGCCAAGCUCAAAAUCAUAGAUCUAUCUCAGAAAAAAAGAAAGAAGAAAUGAAGAUGAAGAUAAUGAAGAAAUUUGAAGCGUUAGAAGAAGAACGAAAGAAAAUUCAAGUGUUUCGUCGGGAAUUGCCUUUGUGUUUAGAACUCGUUAAUGAAGCAAUUGAGAAAUGUAAAAAAGAGAUGCAGUGUCAUGGAGAGAAAUCUGAUUGUGAAGAAGAGAUAUUGAACAAUGAAGGUCCAAUUCUAGAGCAAUUUCUUCCACUUAAAAGGACUAAUUCAUCAUCUUUUGACAAACAACAACAACAACAAAAAGUUAGAGAGGAGGAGGAGAAAAUUGAUGAGAAGAAGAUGAAUCUGGGAAUCAAAGUUGAUUGGUUGAAAUCUGUCCAAUUAUGGACUGCUGACCCUCCAUUAAAACAGGAUUUUUUGGUUGAGAAUUCAACAAAGAUUGAGUUGAAGAAAUGUGGUGGUGGUGGUGCAUUUCAACCGUUUCAAAGUGAAACAACAAAAGGAGGAAAUACUAAUUCGAUAAUAUCGAGAGCAACACCAACAACUACUGCUAAUUCAAUUGAUAUGAGCAAUAACACGCCACCAUCAGUGGCUGCUGCUGCUGCAACAACCAGUUCAACUGCCGAUAAUAACAGUAGUAAUGGAAAUAAGAGGAAAAGAUCUGGAGAUGAUCAAGAAGAAAAAGAGAACGAGAGACGGAAAACAAGACGAUGCUGGUCACCUGAAUUGCAUAAACGAUUCUUAGAAGCACUUCAACAACUUGGUGGAUCUCAUGUUGCAACGCCGAAACAAAUUAAGGAAUUGAUGAAGGUUGACGGACUUACUAAUGAUGAAGUUAAGAGCCAUUUACAGAAAUACCGUAUACACACAAGGGGAGGAGUACAAAAUUCAGCUGCAACACACAAUGCUCAACACCAACCUCCUCCUCAAUUUGUUGUGGUUGGAGGUAUAUGGGUUCCUCCUCCACCACCACCCGAAUAUGCCACCACAAUGGCAGAAGCAGGUACAAAGAGAAUGAACACAAAUGACAUGUAUGUCGCAUUAUCUGCACAGCAGGUGGCAGGUUGGCAGCAGCAACAACAACAACAACAACAUCAAUCUCCAACAGGUUCACUGCAUUCUGAAGGGAGAAGCAAACAAGGGGAUCAUAGCAGUGUUGAUGAUGUCCAUUCUAGUUCCCCAUCUUCUUCGACCGAGACAACAACUAGAACAUCCUCGUCCAAACAUGUAAAAUAGAUUUCGAUAAGUCAUGGUGGUGUAUGUUUUCUAGCAAAUUAUCAUACCUUGUUUUUGUAUAAUAGAGGAUAAACCAUUAGAGGAUUGAUACAUAUAUAUGCAUGAGACGUUAGACGAGUACUAGCCUGUUCUUUUUAGGUACCUACAUUGGCCGUCUUAUAAUGUUAUACUAGAAUAGAAUGUGACAUUCAUCUUGGGUUUUGUUAGAGUAAGUAUUUCAAUUGCUUAAAUUAAACAUUUCUGUUAAUAGCAUUGACGUAAUUGAAGUUGGUGUGAUUUCCCUAGCCAA